GGAUCGGGGACCCCGUAUCCUUUAGCGCUUGAAAUUGACUUCCAGAGCUCAAGUUGAAGAGCUCGAAUCGAUCUCCAAAGCCAAUUGUAUAUUUCGUUCCAUUACUGCCGUGAAUGCGGGGUACAAUUAUGCCUGUCCGGAGAAACUCACCCGCAGGCCAAGCCGACUAGCGCGCUUCGACUGUCUUUUUGAUCAAUGAUGAAAGCCCUCGAUACUUUAUACCAACACCAGCUCUCCUUCAAAGCUCACCGCGCAGUUCCCUCCAUUCCAUAGCCCUCUCAACACGAAUCAGUCAUGUCCCUCAAAGAAGAAAUUCUCGCCCACCACAAAUUCACUUUCCCCCAUCUCUCUCCCGGCGCAGGUUCCAAUGAGCAACCCUACAUAAAGUUUCUAAUGUUCGUAAAGAAAAGGCCAGAUAUUUCAGAUGAAAAGUUCCACGAGUGGUGGAAGACGGUUCAUGCAGAUCUUGCCGUUACGGUUGCCGGGUUUGGAGGGCAUUGUGCAAGAUAUGUUCAACUACACCAAACACCCGAGCAUAAAGCGGAGCUAGAAAAACUUGGUAUGGAGCCAUUGCCGUAUGAUGGCAUAGGAGAGGUGCAUGUCAAGAGUUUGGAGGAUUGGGUGACUUUUCAGUCGAGUCCGGCGUUCGCUGAUAGACUAAAGGAUGAUGGCCCGAAAUUCAUGGAUGGUACGCUGAAAGUCAUGCUGGGAUACGACAACUUAAUAUUUGGAAGCAAAAUCGAGGCUAGUGGUGGUAGUGAUGGGAUUUUACCAACCGAUCACAGACUGAGUCCUGUGUCAAAGGACCCAAAGCUUUGAAGACUGGUGCAUGGUAGAGGAAAUU